CUAUACAGUAUUUAUCUUGUUUAUUAGAGUUAGGUCCAGCUAAACAUUGAAAAUUUUGGGACCACAGGAAGAUUAAGCAUCUCAGCUUAUUUCAUCUGAUGUUUAAACACUAACACUAACUUAACCUAACCUACUGUAGUAAAAUAUGCUGGGAAGACUAAUCUUCAGUUAUCUUCAAUUGAUACAAAAUUUUUAUAUCCCAACAAGAAAUAGUAUCCUACUUUCAUCUGAUAAUUGUUUCAUUGGGUCAUCUUAUAUUUAUAAUGUGGACCACACUCCUCAACCAAUAUAAUACAUAUUGUAACCUCAGAUUAAUAUCCCAAUAAGGGUAAGAAGAUGGACUCCUCACCUAUGACACUGUUUGGCUACUUCAACGAGCGAGUGAGGGCCAACCUGCACUUGGUAGUGGCCAUGUCCCCCAUAGGUGACACCUUCAGGACCAGGCUCAGGAUGUUCCCCUCCCUCAUUAACUGCUGCACUAUAGACUGGUUUACUGCAUGGCCUGAUGAUGCCUUGGAGAUGGUGGCCACAUCACUGCUGCAGGAAACUAAACUGGAGGCAUCAUUGUUGGCUCACUGUGUCACUGUCUGCAAGUAUUUCCACCACAGCAUUGAUGACCUUGCCCACAGGUUCUAUGAGCAGCUGCGGCGGAGGUACUAUGUGACAUUGUGACACCCACCUCCUACCUGGAGCUCGUGUUCACCUUCAAGCAGCUCCUCCUUAAGAAGCGCUCAGAGAUCCUCACACUACGGGACAGGUAUGUGACAGGUCUGGAGAAACUGAAAGAGGCCAAGCUGUUGAUCACUGAACUGCAAGAAGAGCUAAAGCUGCUGCAGCCCCGCCUAGUGGAGACCUCUGCCAACACGGAGGCACUUAUGAUCAAGAUCGAACAAGACACCAUCCAAGUGGAGAGGAAACAAGAGUUGGUGGCGGCAGACGAGGCGGUGGCCAAUAAGAAGUUUGCCGAUGCACAGGCCAUAAAAGACGACUGUGAAAAGGAGCUCGCCAAGGCAGUACCAGCUCUCAAUGCUGCCACAGACGCCCUCAACACCCUCAAACAAGAUGACAUACGCGUCGUCAAGGCCAUGAAGAACCCGCCCUCAGGAGUCAAGCUGGUAAUGGAAGCUGUGUGUGUAAUGCUGGACCUCAAGCCAGAGAGGAAGCCAGACCCUAAUGGCUCAGGAAAAAUGAUUGAGGACUAUUGGGCACCAUCUCAGAAGCUGUUGGGGGAUAUGAAGUUCCUCCAGAACCUGCUGCACUAUGACAAAGAAAACAUUCCCACAAAGAUUAUCACUCACGUCCGCAACGAGUUCUACUCUCACCCGGAUUUUGACCCAAAGAAGAUACGUAUGGUAUCAAUGGCUUGUGAGGGCCUCUGCCGAUGGGUGAGGGCCAUGGUUGUCUAUGAUCAAGUCAUAAAGAUUGUCGCCCCCAAGAAACAAGCUUUGGAGGCUGCCAACCAUGAACUGGCCCCCCAGAAUGAAAGGCUAGAGGAAAAGAGGAAGGAACUCAGAGAGGUAAUGUGUGAACCGAGAAAGAUGUGUGAAAUAAAAGACAUUGCAUGUAGAACCAUUUCAACAUAUAGAAUUACUGUAUGGUAGACUUAGUCAUCAUUA